UGACAUUUGUGAAGUGUUUAUUCCGUAAAUCAGUAAUUCCUUUUUUUUAAAUAAAUUUUAGUUAUAUUUCGUAACAUUAGAAUUGUAAGUAAAAUUGUAACACUUUUGAUUUUAUGGAUAGAAAGAACAAGGUAAUGAAUUUAUUACUGCAUUGACAAGAAUCACAUUAAAAUAUGACAGACAUUUUUGAACCGAAUGCAGCUUUGAAACGUUUCAAAAAGAUCCCCGUUUACGUUGUCGAAGAGCACAAUGAGGCGUUACAAUUUAUUUACUCUGCGAUUGGUGGGAAAAAGCUGCCGGUGGAGGGAAAUACGCUGGUGCACCUAGACGCACACCCUGACAUGCUGAUAGACCGCAUGCUGAACGGGCAGGAAGCGCGCGCGGGCAAGAGCGUGCUGCCUCUGCUGCAAAUCGAGAACUGGAUAGUGCCGGCGGCGGCUGCUGGUCAUAUCGGCCGCGUCCUGUGGUUGCGUCCACCCUGGGCCCGGCAGUUCACAGACGGCACACGCCGCAUACACGUAGGCGACCAUCCUGCGACAGGAUUACUUCGAGUCGAUAGCAAAGAACCGUACUAUUUAUCAGACGCGCUUUACUCCUCUGAUCUUCUAAAUAGUCGAGAAUUCGCGUUCACAGUCGCAGAAUUAUCUAAUGUAAAUUCCGAACACUAUAUUAAUGAGUUUGCCAAGAACUUAGAUAUAAGUGAGCCUUACGUGCUGGAUAUAGAUUUAGAUUUCUUUAGCACGGGUAAUCCAUUCCUAAGUUUAUAUGAAGACAUCGGACUUUACGAUCGCUUGGAGCCGAUAUUCAGUUUCGAGCUGCCGGCGGACGACGAUGAGCAGACAGUGGAGAAAGUUGUCGCGUUACGGGAGCGACAAUUGCAGGAACUAGAACACUUAUUCCAGUUUUUGGAAGAAAAUAACACGCUUGAAAACUACGAAGGGGAGAAAACGGAUUUGUUCCGAAGGGUGUCGAACCUAGCCGAGGUGGUGAGGGCGGAGGCGGAGCGGCUGAGCGAUAGCCCCGACUGGUGGGCCGUGUUCGCGGCGGGCUGCACGAGGGACAACGGUGGCUUGCCUUACCACAUCAGCUCGCAACAAGAGAUCGAACACUACGUUCGUGGGACUUUGAAAUUACUGCUAAGUCGUCUACCUCCGCCCGUACUCGUCACUGUUGCACGAUCCACUGACGAUGGUUAUUGUCCACCAGAUCAAGUGGACUUCAUUCAGUCGCUGGUUUUACAAACGUUACAAGAGACCUAUAACACUGACGAUCCGCAUUUAUACUAUUUAAAUGUUAAUAUACCCGAUACAGAGGAAUAAAAAAAUAUGAAAACGAAAA